AUGCCUUCAGUGACGGACUAUAUCAAACAACAAAACGAAAAGAAGCUGGAAAACAGGACAGACUCGCAUUCACGAUUCAAGCCGUAUGGAAUUGGAGCUUCUCUGCUCGCAAAAAUGGGUUAUAAGGCUGGCCAGGGUCUAGGAAAAGAUGGCCAGGGUAUUACUCGACCCAUUGAACAACAGGGUAGUGUGAGAGGACAAGGCCUGGGUGCUCAGACAGCAUUCACAAAGAGCAGAGACAAGGAGGAUGAGGAGAUCGAUUCGGACUCUGAUUCUGAUGUCGACAAUGUCGUAGACACUCCUGUGACGUUCAAGAAGAGCAAGCCAAAAAGCAUCUACAAGACUGUGGAGGAGCUGAGAGAGUCUGGCAUUGUCAUAGACGAAGAUGUGCUCAAAAAGGCGAUUGACAUGCGACCUGAGGGCUAUGAAAGUGUACCUUCGGUUGCCAUCACCUCGCUUGAGUCUUUGAGACUUGAACUGGAGCGUCUGCAGACGGAAAAUGAACAUCUACGAACCCGUCAUGUGUUUGUGUCUGAGCAGAUAGCAGGAGUGAAAGAAGACUUGGAGAACAUGACAAAUGAGGAAACAGAAUCAGAAGAGCAGCUGACGAGGUUGCAGAAAUGCAUGGACCUGAUGACUACUAAUCCUGACAGUCUAGAUACGUUAUUGGAGUGCUACUCUACUUUGCUACAAAGUGACCCAACAGACAUGUGGUUGAGUGUGGUGGGUCCGGUGUAUAAUCAUGUGACUACUUCUUGGAAUGUUUCCCAGCAACCAAGCUUCCUUUUGGACAAGAUCAUAGAGUCUCCUGCAGAGCUCCGUGUGGUUCUGCUGGCUCGAGUUUGGCUCCCCAAGGUGAGUUCUGAGCUUAUCAACAACUGGGACUCUAACCUGGCCAUUUCUUUGCUUGAGUCUUGGGGUCCUGUUCUUCCUGACUUUGUGAGAACCGUCUUCAUUCAUCGAGUGGUGGUUCCGAAGCUGAACACCAUCAUUGUCUGGAACCAGAAAUCCCACGAUUUGUCAUUCUUACGUCAAUGGUGGCCGUUCCUGUCAUUUACAGACAAGAACGUUGUUCAGAACCGUCUUCAGACUGUAAUUGGUCAGGCUCUUCGAAGCUGGAACGCCCAGAACGCGCCGCCUGGUCUUCCUGAAGCUUGUGUCUCCUUAUCACCAUUUCUGGAUGUGCCUUCUUUGGUGGUCAAGAACCUGCUGCCUAAUUUGUCUCGUUUUUUACGUCGGAAUCUUGUCAUUAACCCUGCCGACCAAGAUACACAGCCUCUUGCAGAUUUUUUCCUCUGGCAAAGGGUUCUGUCUUCGGAGAUGAUUGGGGUGGUAUUGGAUUCGGAGUUUUUCCCCAAAUGGAAGAAAACACUCAAACAAUGGCUUGAAUCGGGUUUGACUGAAGAUAUGAGUGUUGUUAUUCAGCAGGCCGGAGCCUGGUUUUCCAUCUGGCGAGAUUUCUUCUCCCAGAACCUCACCGUUCCUGUCGAUGUUGUUUCUCAACAAUUCGAGCAGGUAGGACGCGCUCUACAAACCAUUCAGAAGCUCAUAGCUGUCACACGGGAAGAUAUUGACGCUAUUUGGGCCGAUAUGACCGCUUCCAAGGUCGAUCUCACCCCUUCAGUGCCCUCCAAGCCUGUGGCAGACACUAUCAGCGUGUCUGUGACCCUGCAUGAUGUCAUAUACGAGCUCUGUGUCGCUUCUGGCUUGUUAUAUCGCACCACAGACCGUUUCCACGACCAGAAAGGGCUCCCUUUGUAUGCCAUUGAAGGGGGUAAGCAGGUGGUUAUUUGUUAUGUGGACAACUAUGUGUUUUAUGCCAAGUCAGGAGGAACUUAUGAGCCUCGGUACAUUGAAGAGGUGGUCAAGGAGGUGUCCGUUGUAUAA